AUGUCUCUGACGGUACCACCCCACACUGCAGCGCCCAUCCCCACGGUAACCCGUGAAUACCAUUUGCCCAAGGUCGAUGGAUUCCACAACCUCACAUUGCGUCGCGCCCCCGUCCGUGCGCUCAAGUCGAAAGAGGUGCUCGUGAAGGUGCACGCAGUGUCCCUCCAGUACCGUGACCUUGUAGUCGCAAAGGGCCAAUAUCCUCUAGGCCAAAAGGAGGAUCCUGUCCCUUGCUCCGAUAUGGCAGGCGAGAUCAUUGCUGUCGGCGAUCAGGUUACGAAGUGGAGUGUCGGCGACCGUGUGUGCUCCAACUUCUCCACGGAACACAUCUUCGGAGACCCUACCGAGGAGAUUAAGCUAUCUGGCCUCGGCGCUCCCAUUGACGGCGUGCUCACCGAGUACAAGAUUCUACCAGCACACGCCUUGGUGACGAUCCCUCCCCAUCUCUCCUAUGUUGAGGCCUCCACAUUGCCAUGCGCCGCACUGACAGCCUACAACGCGCUCAUGGGACCAGUCCCUCUCAAGGGCGGAGACACUGUCCUUGUGCUUGGUACGGGAGGUGUCUCGACCUUCGGGCUGCAGUUCGCCGCAGCUUCCGGUGCCGACGUCAUCGUGACGUCGUCAUCAGACAGCAAGCUCGAAGUGGCCGCGAAGCUCGGUGCCGCACAUUGCAUCAACUACAAGAAAACGCCGAAUUGGGAGAAGGAAGUCCUCCGAGUGACACACGGCAGGGGCGUCGAUCACGUCAUCGAAGUCGGCGGCGUGGGCACCCUGCACAAGUCCAUUCAGUCCGUUCGUUAUGGCGGCUUUAUUCAUGUCAUUGGCUUUGUCGCCGGCGUCGGAACUGGCGAUCUAGGCAACCUACCCGCAUUGCUCCUCGGCAAGGCUGUGACGCUCCGAGGUAUCCUUAUAGGGUCACGUACCCAGUUCGAGGACAUGAACCGCCUCAUCACCGCGCGUCAAAUCAAGCCUGUUAUCAACUCGAUCUUUGAGUUCGAGGAAGCGCGUGCUGCGUAUGAGUAUCUGGAGAGCCAGCAGCACAUUGGCAAGGUUGUCAUCAAGGUGUCGAAGGAGUAA